GCAGUAUAGCAGGCGCCCAUCGCUACAUAACAAUGAUGUGUAUAUAAUCCCAAGUAAAUCCUACUUUCUAUUGCCCAUCAUGAAAGUAUAUCCAUUCCGCAAUGGUUUAAAGCCAGGGCAUCAGACACUUGGAAAUAGUUAACAUCUUCUUGUGCGCCUCGUAUAAGCCAUAAUGGCUGUGACAAUCUCACAAAUAUCGUUCGAACAUCACAGGGUAGCCUUGGGUAUUGCGGAGGUAUCGCCUCGAAUAUCAUGGAGGUUCGAUGGCACUUCCCCCAAUUGGACGCAGAGCCAGUAUGAAAUCGAACUAUCACGACAUGAGCAGAAUCAGACUGGGCUACCGCAGGUUGAACUAUUUCAUCGCAAUUCCUCAGAUUCAGUCCUUGUACCAUGGCCCACAGUUUCUUUAGCCUCCACGGAGUCGGGUAGAGUCAGGGUUAGAGCAUUCGGCGCUGGAGACGAUCCCGAUACCCCAUGGUCUGACUACGUAGAUGUCGAAACUGGACUCUUAAAUAAGGAAGACUGGUCAGGAGCCCAGAUGAUAAGUGCGAACAAGAAAACAGAAGAAAAUUCCCCCCACCAACCACUGCUCUUUCGCAAAGAGUUCUCCCUGGAUAGUAAUAUUGAGAAGGCUCGAUUGUACAUAGCCGCUUAUGGCAUAUAUGAAGCACAUAUUAACGGCAAGAGGGUCGGAACCUCCGUGCUCGCUAGCGGAUGGCAGUCUUACAAGCAUCGUCUGGUGUACGAUACCUAUGAUGUGACUGAUCUACUACUCGCCGGAGAUAAUGUCCUUGGAAUAACAGUUGGCGAGGGUUGGUAUGCCGGACGCCUAGGGUUUGGGGGAGGCAGUCGCAACAAUUGGGGUGAUACCUUGGGUACAAUGGCUUUGUUGGCUGUUACCUCCAAUGGGGAAACAACAAAAGUUAAAACAGACACGUCUUGGACGGCAAGUACAGGGGCGAUAAUUACCUCGGAAAUUUACAACGGAGAAGUUUAUGACUCGACGCUCGAGCAAGCCGGUUGGUCAGCCCCUGGAUUCUCUGCUCCGGACACAGCAAAAUGGAUUGGGGCAAAAGAGCUCGAAGCACCUUACGAGAUAUUAGUUGCGCCCGAUGGACCCCCUAUUCGGCGUGUUGAAGAGAUCAAGUUGAAGGAGAUAUUAACAAGUCCUAGCGGGAAGACUAUUCUUGAUUUCGGGCAGAACUUCGCAGGAUGGCUCAGACUUACCGUUAAAGGCAAGAAAGGGGAUAUUAUCAAACUAGUACAUACGGAAGUCCUCGAAAACGGAGAAAUUGCAACCAGACCUCUGAGAUACGCUGCCCAAACUGAUUCCAUUACGCUCUCCGGUCAGCGUCAAACGUGGGAGCCAACUUUUACCUACCACGGAUUUAGAUACGUCCAGGUUGAUGGGUGGCCCGAAGAGGAGACUCCGCUAAACAGCGAUUCGGUAACAGCUGUAGUCAUUCAUUCAGACAUGGAGCAAACUGGCUAUUUCGAGUGUUCAGAUCCGCUCAUAAACAAGCUGCAUCAGAAUGUGAGAUGGUCUAUGAAAUCGAACUUCAUUUCUAUUCCUACGGACUGUUCCGCAAGGGACGAGAGACUUGGGUGGACUGGAGAUAGCCAUGCAUUUGCCCCGACAGCCAAUUUUCUCUACGAUACAGCCGGGUUCUGGAGAGGCUGGUUGAAGGACCUUCAUUCGGAGCAGGUAAAAGGUGUACCUCCACUGGUGGUUCCGGCAGUCCCUGCGGUUGGUCCACAAAUUGCAACAGGAGUUUGGGGCGACGCGGUAGUCGCCAAUCCUUUCAAUACGUAUCACGCCUCGGGUGAUCUUGAGGCGUUACGAGAGCAAUACUCUGGAGCUAAAGCCUGGCUCGACGAAGGCAUCCCCAGAAACGAAGCUGGGUUGUGGAAUCGUUCGAACCCUCAACUUGGUGAUUGGCUCGAUCCGCUCUCUCCUCCAGAUAACGCUGGGCAAGCUACUACAAACUCCUCUUAUGUUGCUGAUGCAUAUCUCGUCUAUGUGACGGGACUAGUCGCGGAGAUGGCGUCGCAGCUCGGUCUUGACGACGAUAAAGCCCGCUUUGAGAAAUGGGCUGCAGAUCUCAAGACGGCUUUCAGAGAGGCCUGGGUAGAUUCUGACGGUCUCGUUGCCAACGAGACGCAGACAGGGCUUUUAUUGCCGCUAUACUUCGAUAUAUUCGAAAGCGAUACCCAAGCAAACGCAGCGGCGAGCCGACUGGAAAAGAUUAUUCAAAAUAACAAAUAUCUAGUAGGGACAGGUUUCGCAGGGACACACUUACUUGGCCUCGCCCUGACCAAAUACAAUCUCACCUCCACUUUCUACAAAAUGCUCAGCCAAACAACCGUCCCUUCUUGGUUAUACCAGGUGAAGCUAAACGCAACGACAACCUGGGAGCGAUGGGAUAGUCUUCUCCCAGACGGCUCGCUCAACCCCGGCGAAAUGCUCUCCUUUAACCAUUACUCGUUCGGCGCGGUAGCAAACUGGAUACACCAAGUAAUCGGCGGCUUAGCGCCUGCGGAACCGGGAUGGAAGACAGUUAGAGUGAGCAUAGAGCCGGGUGGUAACAUAACUUGGGCCAAAACCAGCUAUCUAAGUCCCUACGGGAAGAUAUCAACGGACUGGAAGGUUGACGACACAGGAUUCCAUCUGGUGUUAGAAGUGCCGCCUAAUUCAAAGGCGGAAGUAGUCCUGCCUGGUGAAAAGCGCACUCUUUUGGUGGGGAGCGGUCGCCACACCAUCUCCGAUCCUACAUUUCACCUUUGAUCAGUUUGGAAAUUUAGGUAGCAGACUAAGAACAAAUGCGGCUCGCUAGAAAGGCGUUUAUGCUAGGAGGGCAAAUACUUGCGACGUGUCAGAGGCUGCUAAGAGAAGCGUCAAUAAUUAUCCAGGUCAUUAUGAGAAGAAGUUAGUCGGAGUUGGCUAAUGCAAGCUGUCCCGUGUUUCCGAUAUAUCACUACGUUCGAGUAGGUUCUUCAUAGGUACUACUUUAGGCAAUGCAUGCGGUCACUAUUCAAUAAAUAAAGAGUCAGUAUUGAGUAGU